GUUAGAAUUCCACGGCACAAACCUAAUACCAAAGACAUGUUGAGUAAAGUGUUCAAUAACUUAACCAAUUCUUUCUCUACUUGCCCCUUCUACCCAAAUGAAUAGUAAGAUACAUUAUUCCCUCACUGAACUUAAUGAUGCUCUAAUGAAUGUUUUGCUCUGGUGGCCAGAAAGAAAUCUAAAAUAGCAGCUAGAACGUUAGGCCACUUGCAAAGUGUUUGCAGCUUUCAAAUAAAGGUCUGCUAAUAAUAUAUAUAAGUCAACAGACAACAGAGAGAAUAUAGGGACGUAGAAAGACCCUCUGCUAUGGUGGCCAAGGGGAAAUGCUUAAGGAGGGUCUAAGAAAGAUUACGAGCUUAAAUUUAUGCGGUUCUGCCAAUUGUAACCUUUACGGAAAUUUUUCAUAAAACAACAACAGCAACCGACAGUAUAGUAUAUAAACAUCUGUAGAAGCUUGCUCAGUUUGUCAAAAUCAGUAAGAUACAUAAACUGUUCUUGUUGAUUUUUAGUGUUGAUGCCACAUUUUCAAGCGGCCUGGGAAGACUUGUCAAUGAUGCGCCAUCAAACAAAGCCAACUGUUGUAUGAGAAAGAUAAAGGAUGGAAAAAACAUCUAUCUUGUCCUGUUUGCAUUGCGAGAAAUAUCAGUUGGAGAAGAAUUGCGGUAUGACUAUGGUGUCAAAGAUCUUCCUUGGCGUAACAAAAGAGACAAUAAAAGUAGCAGGCUGGUGGAUGGUGACAAUUAUGAAAACGAGCUGACAGGUGGCAUCAUAUUUUCAGAUGAAAAAAAGACGAAGAGUGGCAGUAUGCCUGCUGAUGAAAACGAGCCGAUGGGUGGCAUGAAAUGUUCAGAUGAAAAAGAGAGGAACAGUGGUAGUAUGCCUGCUGAUGAAAACGAGCCGAUGAGUGGCAUCAAAUCUUCAGAUGAAAAAGAGACGAAGAGUGGCAGCAUUUCUUCUGAUGAAAAUGGGUUGAAGGGUGACAUCACAUCAGAUGAGAAAGAGACGAAGGGCGACAGUAUGUCUGCUGAUGGAAAUGGACUUAGGUGUGGCGAAAAUUACCACAGCAUGUUUUCUGAUGGAAAGAAACUCCGGAGUGGCAGCUCCUCUGCUGGUGAAAAAGGGCUGCAAAGUGGCAAAGAAGACCACAGCACUUCCGCCUUUUCAAUCAACAUUACAACCAGUCAUGAUAUCUCUUCAAUGAAUGAGAAUAAUUCUAUUUCGGCACAAUCGUUGCAGAGAUUUCAGCAGUGGAAACCUGGUUUAGCCCAUGAGGAAUGCUGGAUAAACGAUGAAGGAAUCAAUGUAUAUAAUGCCGUUCUUGCAAGGAGGUUUCAAAAAAUGGGAAGAGCAAUAUACAUCUUCAGUUCAUUUUUUUGGCAGCGAUGGAAAAACUUUGCAAAAAGUGCAUCAGAAAAAAUUAUCCAUCAGCUUUGUCGGGUAAUAAUAAUAAUGAUGAUGAUGAUGAUGAUGGUAAUAAUACUGAUGAUAAUAAUAGUGAUCGUGGUAGUGAUAGUAAUGGUAAUUGUAGUAAUUGUGUGCAUUUUUCAGUCAGUUGAGCAAGAUCUUGAUUUUGUUAAACAAGUCAAAUUUUUUUCCUUUUUUCUGUUUUUUUUUUCAUCUUCUUUGAGCUCUCUGUCUCAUUUUUUUUAACAGUUAAGCUGCCUGCCCCAAUUAACUUUGCAGGCUAUUUGCUGGUUAGCUUAACUAUGAAGUAUCAUUCUUCGAUUUAAAAAAAUGUUAUUUUGGCAGAAAAUAAAAUUUUCGGCUGGCUGUUAGAAGUUCCUCACACAAGGGAAAAUUGAGUCAUAGCUUAUCUGAAGUAUGCAAUUAAAAAUACUGUUGUCGUAAUCAGACAUAAUAUAAAAAUGAUAAAAUUUAGGUGACACUAAUUAAAAGAGAUCAAACCUAUGACGUUUUGAUCGCAUCAGUGACCUUUGUUAACAGGUUAGAAAUCUAGACGUUGGAAGUUUCUAAUUGAUGAAGGUCACUGUUGUGAUCAAAAAUCAGUGUUAACUAUAUUUUAUCAUUUUUAUCUGAAGUACAUUACAUACAGUUGUUACAGCUUUCCAAAAGGACAAAAAUUCUUUCAUUUUCUAGCAAAACCAAUUACUGUAGAUGUUCUAAACAGCUAGGGCUUGUCUAGGUUAAUUAUAAAGUGUAUUAUUUAUACAAUUUGCAGGUAAAUUUGUUAGAGAAGGAGGCCUGGAUCAUCCCAAUUAACCAGGCAGCUCAUUGGAAAGUAAUGAUAGUGGACGUAAUUGCUAAGUCGAUUUGCC